AAGAGGACAAUUAAAUUAGAACUUAUUUAUUUAGCCUUUAGCGUGUGUUUGGUGUCUCUUAUUACUCAUCUCUGUGUGAGUUGUUUUAUGUCACUUUGUUGUUAUUUGUUGUUGUUUCCCCCUCUUUGCGUCACUUUGUGCUCCUAUUAUGGUUGUUUUGCCCGUUACCCUAGUCGCUGUGAGUCUCUUUGUGACUCGUUGCAGCUGUGGUGCGUCUCGUUGAGUCCAUUCAGACAGCAGGUGAAGAGCAGUGCGGCUGCAGAGACACAGACAGACAGACAGACAGACAGACAGACAGACAGACAGACAGACAGACAGACAGACAGACAGACAGACAGACAGACAGACAGACAGACAGACAGACAGACAGACAGACAGACAGACAGACAGACAGGAGGAGAACCUGUUGGAUUUCUGCUCUUUGUCUCUCCUCAUCACACCUCCCUGGAUUUACACUUUUUCUUUCACUUGUAUGAGUUGGAGUGACGUCCUCCUGACUGGCGGCUGCUGUAAUGAGAUCCUCUGUCCUGGGAUCAGUGUGUAUUCUGCUCUUGAUGUUGAGGCAGCAGAAAUGCCGGGGUGAUGACGAGGUUACCUCCAACACAGUGAACCCAUGCUGUUAUUUCCCCUGUCAGCACUGGGGUGUGUGUGUGCGGUUUGGCGAUGAGUACGAGUGUGACUGCACCCUCACCGGAUACUACGGAGUAAACUGCACCGUCCCUGAGUUCUGGUCCAGAGUGCAUCAGCUCCUCAAACCCAGUCCAGAUGUUCUACAUUACAUCCUCACACACUUCCAGUGGCUGUGGGACGUCAUCAACUCCACCUUCCUGAGGGACGUCCUGAUGAGGGUCGUCCUCACAGUGAGGGCCAACCUCAUCCCCAGCCCCCCCACCUACAACUCUAAAUAUGGAUACCUCAGCUGGGAGUCCUACUACAAUCUGAGCUACUACACCCGGAUACUUCCUCCAGUGCCGGAGGACUGCCCCACUCCUCUGGGGGUCAAAGGUAAGGCAGUGCUCCCGGACCCUGAGCUUCUGGUGGAGCGGCUCUUGAGGAGACGGACCUUCAGACCCGACCCUCAGGGAUCCAACCUCCUGUUCGCCUUCUUCGCUCAACACUUCACUCACCAGUUCUUCAAAACAUACAACCGCAUGGGGCUGGGCUUCACCAAGGCUCUGGCUCACGGGGUAGACGCAGGACACAUUUACGGAGACAAUCUGCAGCGUCAGCUCGUUCUCAGGCUGCACAGAGACGGAAAACUCAAGUAUCAGUUAGUUGACGGGGAGAUGUUCCCCCCCACUGUUGCUGAUGCCCCCGUUAAGAUGAGCUACCCCCCCGGGACGCCCCCUGAGAAUCAGAUGGCGAUCGGACAGGAAGUGUUCGGGCUGCUUCCUGGUUUGGGGAUGUUUGCGACGCUUUGGCUGAGAGAGCACAACCGAGUGUGUGACGUCCUGAAGAGAGAGCACCCCACCUGGGGGGACGAGCAGCUGUUCCAGACCACGCGCCUCAUCAUCAUCGGUGAGACGAUCCGCAUCGUGAUCGAGGAGUACGUGCAGCACCUCAGUGGAUAUCUCCUGCAGCUGAAGUUCGACCCCACGCUGCUCUUCAAGUCUAACUUCCAGUACGGGAACCGCAUCUCUCUGGAGUUCACGCAGCUGUACCACUGGCACCCCCUCAUGCCCGACAGCUUCCUGAUCAGCGGAGACCAGGUGACAUAUCCCCAGUUCCUCUUCAACACCUCCGUCCUCACACACUACGGCAUCGAGAAGCUGGUGGACGCCUUCUCUAAACAGGUGGCCGGACAGAUCGGCGGGGGCCACAACAUCCACCCUGUGGUGACUAAAGUGGCCGUGGGGACGAUAAAAGAGUCGCGGCAGCUUCGCAUGCAGCCCUUCAACGAGUACAGGAAGCGAUUCAACCUGAGGCCGUACACUUCCUUCAGACAGUUCUCAGCUAACGAGGAGAUAGCCCUCGAGCUGGAGGAACUCUACGGAGACAUCGACGCUCUGGAGUUUUACCCCGGCUUGAUGUUGGAGCAAACUCGACCGGGGGCCCUGUUUGGAGAGAGCAUGGUGGAGAUGGGGGCCCCCUUCUCCCUGAAAGGCCUCCUGGGAAACCCCAUAUGUUCUCCAAACUACUGGAAGCCCAGCACCUUCGGGGGCCGUGUGGGCUUCGACAUAGUGAACUCUGCCACGCUGAAGAAGCUGGUGUGUCUGAACACCAGGACGUGUCCUUACGUGGCGUUCAGAAUACCUACGGAGGAGAGGGAACCUGAAGGGGACAGUAAAGAAAGGACUGAUGAGCUAUGACUCUGAGAAAACUCCUGAAGAAGAAGAAGAAGAACAUCCAGUUGUUAAUUUAAAAGAGGCUGCUGCUGCUGCUGCUGAGAGACAGGUUUUAAAUGUAGCUAUGAUUAGAAUAUUUUCACCACUUCACAUCAGUCAGACAGCCUGUUGUGGCUCAAUUUCAAAUCAAUAAAAUUGCUAAAAAAGGCUAAUUGUUGAGGAUGUUUUCAUGAACAAAGUAAACAUUAACCAAAGGCAGGACCACAUGGUCAAAUGUCUGAAGCUAGCUCACCCUGCUGUUUGUCUUUCCACAAACCCUGACAUACACCAGGUGCACUAAACGUCUGGAGAUAUAAAGAGGGCACAGGAAAUGAGCGUGUUUCCCAUAAAAAAGCGGUGAAAAUAUUCUAAAUAAAUCGUGCACUUGGGCUGAUAUUGGCUUCUUCUACAUGGGCCUUUUUAAGGUGGCUAAAGUAUAUUUUGCACCCAUCCGUUCUGCUUCCACCCACAGGAAGGAGCUCCACUAUCUACUGUGACACACUGAACCGUCCCUUCACACACACAUUAUAGUUAUAGGAUAUCAAUAUUAUUUUCUGUUCAAUGUCUGAAGUCCAGUCAAUGUGUAUGUCGUUUUAUUUUCAAAAGAAGUGAUUGCAAUGCUAUUUGAAGACGGUGUGGAUUUUGAAUUCAUUUAAUUAGGAAGCCAUUAAAAUAUUUGACUCUC